AUGGAGAGUAACGACCGCCGGGGCGGACCAGUCUCCGCGCCGGCCGCAGCCUGCGUGGGAGUCGGCGGCUACCUGCACAGCGAGCGCGCCUCUGCACGUAUCGGAAAUCGCUUACCUGUGCCGCACUGCACUCUGCAGAAAUACGGCAGGGGCGUCUCCGUUACACCGCCGACGACGCCGCCGGGUGAGGAUGAUUUUGAUGGUGAUGAUGAUGAUGAUGAUGAUGAUGACAGCAAUGAUGGUGGUGAGGAUGAUUUUGAUGAUGAUGACGUUGAUAAUUACGGUUAUUAUGAUGACACCAUUGACAAAGGAGAUGAUGUCGAUGAUGGGAUUGGGUACACAGUGUCCAGGUCUGCAGCCUUAACACUGGACAACGUCCACGUCAUUUGCUGGGAGUCGCGUGAAAUGGGCCGGCGUCGAGAUGAGACCCUCUUGGACCGCACAUUUAGCCAGAGUGUCGCCUCUCGCUCUCGCCGUAGGCCCAGGCUGCGCCUGAUAAGAUUACUGCGGCUGCAGUCCCGCUAA